UUUAAAACUUAUUCUAAUAUAACCUUGUCUUUUGUUACAGAUACAAUGCCGUAACCAACAGUGCCAAUCUACAAAUAAGUGUUACUUACAUUCGUACUUAAAUAAGUUUUAACAUGGACCCGGGUUACUUCGAUGUAGAGAGGAAGCAAAAUCCGAGGGAGACAGCCAAUCUCAUAUCGAAAUCAUGUUUUUGGUAUACCAGGCCACUGUUCGUGAAAGGUCGCAAAGGACAGCUUAGCAUAUCAGAUGUAUACAGAUGUACACCAGGCCACAGGGCGGCGCCUCGGGGAGACGCGCUCGCCGAAAAAUGGAAACAAGAACUGGAUAACCGGGAAAAAGGCAAGAAUCCGUCCCUACUGCGUGCUAUUAUUAAGAUAUACGGUCUUAAGUUUAUCAUAGGAAAUAUAUUGUUCGCCAUCGUCGACGCUAGUAUAAGGCUAUCCAUUCCAAUGUGUCUCGAAGGCUUAAUAAACUAUUUUUCUCCAAACCACGCCGGCGUCAGCACCACUCUGGCGUACUUUUAUGCGGCGGGUGUAGUAGGUUUUAUGGCGAUAAAUGCAAGUAUGAUGCAUCCUAUGUUGCUGUGGUUACUGGACAUGGCUAUGAAAAUAAGGGUUGCUUGCUGUUCCCUCAUAUACAGGAAGCUCCUACGAUUAGAAACAGGCGAAAGCGGUCUCUCCGGCCGCGUACUAACUCUUCUAACCGCAGAUGCGCCUCGCUUCGACAUGGCGUGCUUAUUUAUGGUGGAUUUAGUACGAACACCUAUAGAAAGCCUGCUGAUUGUCUAUCUCAUGUAUAGGCAAAUCGGCGUAGCAACUUUAGUGGGCGUAGCUUUUCUGCUAAUGUUUAUUCCCCUACAAGGUUACCUGGGCAAAAUAUCCAGUAAACUACGUCGGAAAACUGCCAUGCGAACAGACAACAGGAUCAGACUAAUGAACGAAGUUAUUCAAAGUAUAGAAGCUAUUAAAAUGUAUGCUUGGGAGAACGCGUUCGCUAGGAUCAUAGGAGAGGCUAGGAAAAAAGAAAUGAACAUAAUAAAAAAGAUGUCCUGGCUGCGAGCAGUCAUGAUAUCCUGCGUCAAACUCAACACCAAAGUAGCCAUUUUUCUCUCCAUAAUCUCAUUCCUUUCCUUCGACAACGAACUAACCGCCGCUAAAGUGUUCGUAAUAUUCUCCUACUAUGAAAUACUAAAGUAUACAUUAGUGGAUUUCCUGCCUCUUGCUAUCACUUUCACUCUCGAGGCGUACGUGAGUGUGAAGAGGAUGCAAGAGUUUCUGUUGCUAGCGGAGGUGGAUAAUAAGGAUGGGAUUGAUUUGACGAACAUCGAUGAGAAGGUCAAGGUCAAUGGGGUUUUCGAGAAGAUUGGUAAUGGCCAACAAGCCUACAUCAAAUCCGACACCAACCUUGAGAAACUAGCGAAGCCACAAAUACUAGUCUCCAUGAAAAACUACACAGCGUAUUGGAAAAACGCCGAGUCGGGGGACAGCGGGGACACUGUGGACAGAAAAACGCUGGCGCUCAGCGACAUCAAUCUAGUUAUAAAACCCGAAACCUUAACCACCAUAGUGGGUACAGUCGGCUCAGGCAAAUCCACGAUACUACAAGCCAUUCUACGCGAGCUGCAGCCAAGUCAGGGGCAUCUGGAGGUCACAGGCACGGUGGCGUACGCCGCACAGGACCCCUGGUUGUUUGAGGCUUCGGUUCGUCAAAAUAUCCUAUUCGGCCAAGAGAUGGACCUUAGGAGGUACAAGCAAGUGAUCAAAUGUUGUCAGUUGAAGAGCGAUUUGGAAAUACUGUCCCACGGCGAUAAAACCAUCGUCGGUGAAAGAGGCGCUUCACUGUCUGGCGGGCAGCGAGCUCGCAUAUCGCUGGCGCGGUGCGUUUACCAACACGCAGAUGUCUACCUACUGGACGACCCGCUCGCCGCCGUCGAUGCUAAGGUGGCACAGGCGAUGUACGAGGACUGUAUUCGCGGCUUCCUAAAGCAUUCGGCCGUUGUGCUGGUCACACACCACGCGCACUACGCGCGCCACGCUGACAACGUGUGCGUCAUGCGUUCUGGAAAGAUUGUAGCACAAGGCACGUACCACGAACUCCAAAAUGGCGUGCAAGAGUUCAACGCCCUCAUCGAAAUGGGGGAGAAGAUAGAAGAGAAAAAACAGAAGGAGAAGAUAGUCUAUGAGAACCAGGACAGUGUGGAACACAGCCACAAGUUGCGAUCGCAGCGCUCCAUGUCCGAGGCGUCUCAGCUGUCUUUCAAUCUCGAUUUGGACAACUAUUUGGACCCGACUUACGAAGGAGAAGCCCAGCACAAAGGAUCUGUGGAUAACGGCGUCUACAUAGCGUACAUAAAGAGUGGCGGCACCAAAUGGUCGAUGGCCUUAAUGUUCACCUGCUUUCUACUGGCCCAAGUGUUCUACUCGUCUACUGACAUAUGGCUUAAGGAAUGGGUAAAUAUGGAAGAGGCUAAUAGCGCAGCGGUCGCAGCCGCCAAAAACCAAACACCACCUUUAUCUACACCAGAAUUCACCGAAGUAUCCGGCAACAUAUUCCACCUAACCCGCAACCAAUGUGUGUACGUGUACGCAAGUCUCAUCGGAAUCUGCAUAUUCUUUACUUGGAAUAAGUUGGUGCUCUUCUACAACACUUGUAUACGCGCGUCUAUCACACUGCACGACACCAUGUUCAGGGGAGUAACCAACGCACCAAUGUGGUUCUUUCACCACAACCCCUCCGGCCGCAUCCUGAAUAGGUUCUCUAAGGACAUGGGGCAGGUUGAUACACUGCUGCCGGUGGCGUUGGUCGACUGUCUUGGGUUCUUCCUCGAAGUGGUCUCCAUCCUAGUAGUGGUGUGUCUCGUCAACUGGUGGCUGUUGCUGCCCACCGGCGUCGUGGCUGGCCUGCUGUUCCUGCUGCGGAGCCUGUUCCUUAGCACCAGUAGGGAGCUCAAGAGGAUAGAGGCUAUAGCUCGCAGUCAAUCGUUGAACCACACCACGGCUACAGUGGGUGGUCUAGCUACCAUCAGAUCGACCAAGGAAACCCAGGUCACUCUAGCGCGUGAAUUCGAUAAGUUACAGGACCUUCACAGUUCAUCAUGGACGCUGGUCCUCAACACGAACAGAGCCUUCGGCUUCUGGAUGGACAUGGUUUGCUGCCUCUACCUCGCCUUCGUUACUUUCAGCUUCUUCCUGUUUAGCGAAGAUACGAUCGGAGGCAACGUCGGCUUGGCUAUAACGCAGGUUAUAGGUUUGGUAGGCAUGUGUCAGUACGGCAUGCGGCAGACUGCUGAAGUGGAGAAUCAGAUGACAUCGGUGGAAAGAAUGUUAGAAUAUACAAACCUUCAGCCAGAGAAGCCAGUGGAAGUAGACACGAAAGCUUUGAAAUCCAACCAUCCAACCCUAAACUUCGAGCAAUGGCCAGAAAAAGGUGAAAUCGCCUUCGAAGAUGUAUCCCUAGAAUACGAAAAACCCCCUAAAAAGGAAGAACCCCAAAAACCCCAUAAAAAGGUCAAAGACGUCGAAGCCCCCAAAGUGGUCGAGGCGAAAGAACUCCCAAGUUAUGCUAUAAAGGGCGUCAGUUUCGUCGUGAGGCCUGCUGAGAAGGUAGCUGUCGUUGGGAGAACUGGAGCUGGCAAGAGCUCACUCAUACAGGCCCUGUUCAGGCUAGGUAAAACAUCAGGCAAGAUCUCCGUGGACGGGGUGACCCCCGAGGAGGCCGGGCUGCGCGCGUGGCGCCGGCGCCUCGUGGCGCUCCCGCAGCGCCCCGCGCUGUUCGCCGGCCCGCUGCGGGACAACCUCGACCCGCAGCACAUUUAUACUGAUGCUGAGAUAUACAACGCGUUACAUGAGGUGGAACUAACCGAGAUGAUAAACAACCUGCCAGCGGGCCUGUCGACCAUGGUGGGCGACGGCGGAGGCAACUUCUCCGCCGGGCAGAGGCAGCUGGUGUGCCUCGCGCGCGCCGCGCUGGCGCGCUGCCGCGUGUUGGUCCUUGAUGAGGCCACGGCCAACGUGGACACUGAGACCGACAAACAUAUCCAAAACACCAUUCGCAGCAAAUUCGCGCAUUCCACCGUGCUGACCAUCGCGCAUAGACUCAACACCGUCAUGGACUACGACAGAGUCAUCGUCAUGGAUCGAGGUCGCGUGGUGGAGGCCGGGCACCCGUUCGAGCUGCUCACGCAGCCGGGCGCACGCGACGCGCCGCGACGGUCGCUCCUGUCUAAAAGCCAGGCUCCGUUGGCGAUCCCGGAGAACUUCACAUUCGACCCGUCCGCGGAACGCGACCUCGACCAGAACGAGACGUUUAUCGUGUCGCGCGACAGGACAAGGACGUACUCCAACAGGUCGGAAGUGAGCGACGUGGACGGAGGCAUCUUCAAGACGCUCGUGGAGCAGACGGGGCGCGACACCGCCGCCAUGCUGUACCAGAUGGCCGAGGAGAGCUACAACAAAAUGCUGGCAAGGAAAAGCAAAGUCGAAUAAAGGAUCUACUCGCUUCAUUUUAAAAAAUCGUGCAUGAAUCAAUUAUAGACCUUAUGUGCCUUGGAAAAAGGACUAGUCUGUACUAAGAAUUGUUAAUUUAUAGACACGAUUGCACCGCGACAUCUCUCGUCUCUUUCUAAUUAAUACAGUUAGAGAUAGACGGAAGAGAUACUGAUAAUAAGAUUUUUAUGAAGAAAUAUUAGUCAAACCCCUUUUCAGAUUUAAGAAAUUUAAAUGAAUGUUGCUGUCUCGCAGGCGCGAGUAGAAUCUCUAAAAUGUGCGAUAAGGAUAGCUGCAGCAGAAGUCGAGGUUUCUUUCUCGACAUUUGCCUGCUCUAUAAUUUAAGAGGCCGUUAUUGAUUUUAGUCGCAAAAAUGUCAAAAUUUAUAGAUUUAGUAUUUGAAAUUUGCUUCACACCUUUGCUAACUAUUAGAAAUAACAAGUACUGGUUUCUAUUAGCACGUCUUGUUAUCUUUCAUUUUAAUAAAUAUGUUAUUUGAAAACAGACUCACUUAAUUAGUAAUGAUUUUUUUUCUGAUGGACGUUUAGGUAAACGCGCGUAAAGCACUGAUUUUGUCGAUCUUAUUUGUAAAUUUCGUAAAGUUUGGACUGCUAAAAGUGGUAAUUUUGUAUCACACAUAUCCUGUACUUCAACUUUAAUAAACUACAUUUUUGUUAUUAUACAUUUCAAGUAGUGUACAUGAAAGUUAGACGAAAUAAAUUUUCUCCAGAAAUCACUUCAAAACAAGUGACAAUUUCUCUGAAAAUCGAUUUAAUUUCCACGUAAUUUUGAUACUUAAACAAUAUACAACAUUUGCUGAAACUGUUCUUGUACAUCAUUUUGUAUACACUGAAAAAAAUAGAUAGCCGAACUGGUUUUGUAACUUUACUAAAUAACUAAACUACGGUUAUAAGAAAAUAAACUUUGCAUAAAUUUACAAAUUUAUUUUGUAGUGUAUACCCAGUACCUGAACACUGAUAGCCAAACACGGUUUUGUAACAUAUAACACAUAGUUCGCAAGUCCCAAUUUUUGUGUAAACAGUAACCAAAAUUUUGUUACAGUUAUGCAAACAUUUCUUUCAGUGUAAUUGACCACUAUAAUUUUUUGAUGAAUUUUUAAAACUGUCCCUUCUCGUCACAUAUUACCGGGGACGCACGCUUUCGACCUCAUUAAUAAAAGGCAAGAUGACAAGACGAGCUAAUAGAAACCAAUACUUGUUAUUUAGAUAUUACGUAACAAAAGGAACGACUAAAUCUGUCAAUUUUACAUUUUUGCUCUAAAAUCGUUACCGGGCUCUUAAUUAAACGUAACAAAAUUUUGGGAACGGAAUGAGAAAAAAAAAUUCUGAGUGUCUGACUGAUUUUUGCGUUUAUUGUUGCCGAUUUUGUUUGCUAGCGUCUGUUUACGGCGCAUUUAUUUGGCCGUUUUUAGCGCUGUUUGAAGUAACCUAGUUCUAAUAAAAACAAGAAUGUCAAAAAAGCAAAACGUAUAGACACAGGCACUGGUAAUAUUGAACUCAUAUAUUUAAAAAAAUCUAGGGUCAAAAUCCAGAGAGGAAAAUGUCGGGAACGUUUGUAUGGAAAAUGGCCAUUAAUAUUCUCCUCUUAAAAAAUCUUCAAGAUGUAGAUUAAUCUAUUUUGUUUUAAAUAAUGAAACAUAUAAACUAAAACCGAAAAUAGCGUACUCCCAUCUUAAAUGUAGGCAACGCACUUGCAACCCCUCUGGUGUUGCAGGUGUCCAUGGGCGGCGGUAAUCGCUUACCUUCGGGUGAUCCGUCUGCUCGUUUGCCUCCACUAUCAUAAAAAAAAUUGUCAGGUAGUAAAAACAGUAUGUUUUAUAUAAUUUUAUCGGUACUUAAUAAUGUAUUUACUUAAUAUAAUUUUUUCUCAUUUUGUCUCGAAUUUAAUGCUUAUAUUUUUCGAAUUAUGUGGGAUUUACUUUUAAUGUUUGCGCCUUGACAAGUUAUUCGUAAAAAGAUGCAAGCAAAUCUCGUCCUUAUGGCAAGCGACAAAGUGGGACGUUUUGCCGGUCGCGGUCACAUAAAAUAACGCAUACUUACUAUACUCUGUAUUUUUAGGUAUUUAAAUAAUAGUGAACAAACAAUUUGUACGUUUUUGGGGAGUUCUAACAUUUAUUGGUUAACCAACCAAAUACAAAACCGCCUGGAUGUGUCACUGAACGAACUGACUUUAACCUACAUUAUUUGAUCAUGUAAUGUUUUCAUCUACCCUCAAUUGGCUUAAGGAGCGAUUUGAGGGUAGAUUUUGUUUACUUUUAUUUACAUACCUAAAAAUGCAGAGUAUAAUAGUGCUUUUCUUACACAUCAUUUCUUCUUUCCUUUUCAUCAUUUUUACUUCUUUUUUUUUUUUCUUCAUUGGACGGGUAUUUAACAGAUUGAGUUUGGCUCGGGUUUUCCUAAAAAAAUCAUCGCAAUAACCAUGUACUAUUUUUUUUGUUAGCCUUUAUUUUGUUCUCCACUAAACCCUGUCAUCGGCAUUUUCUCACCAUUUUGAAUAGAAUGCGUCCAAGUCCGCCAUCUCCUUUUCGGUCUGCCUGCACCGUCUAUGGUGACCCGUGGGUCCCACUCAGUAACCAUUUUGGCCCACCUUUCCGGCAUGCGGCAGACAUGUCCAGCCCAGUCUUAACUAAAGCUUAGUCUUGACGCCUACAUAUACAAAUGCAAAUUAAUAGGUAAUUAUGUUAUUAAAAAAAUAUAUAUAUAUUGGUAGAGCUAACGCCAUUUUUAAAUUACUUACGCCUAGAGCUUAUGAAAAAGUGCUGUGACGGUAUUUUUAGUACUUAAUAGUGAUGUCAAAUAAUAAAUAUGAUAAUUGAUAAUGCAAUUUAGUUUCGUACAUAACCAAGUUUAAAAUAUAAAUAAUCAUGAAUAAAGAAAAACAAUCUCAAUUCGUAACCUAGUUUCGCACGAAUAAUUGAAAUGAUAUUUUCGUUCGUAACCCGGUUUCGAACAGAGAGAAAAAUCACAUUUGUGACUUGGUUACGUAAAAAGACUGUAAAGCUCUAAGAUUUGCCCACUAGCUAUAUCUAAAGUUUGAAUUAUGUAUACUUAUUAGCCACCUUGCCUAUGCAAUGCAUUUACUGUCAAUUGUAUCUUGUGAUCACUUAAUUAUGCUUUAAUUAAGGCAUUUUCGGAACAGCUUUUAUAUUUAAGAUACGGUGUGUAAAAAUAUCAAAUAUACGGAUGUUAGUAAAAGAGAGAUAAUUUUGCAACUUGAUUAUUUUCUGUUGUGCCUGUCCUGUGAUCCAGGAGACAACAGAAUACUUGUAACUAUUGAUGAUGUCCGGUUUACGAAAAAUUGGAGAACUUUACCAACUUUUUGGAAACUUUUCGCAACUUGACAGCAGUACUGGUAACAUCAUGUCUUAUACUUACUCAGAUCAUAAGUUCUGUCACAAAGGUUUUGACUGAUAGAACUGAUCAAAACGCAGUUUAAAGUUUUCAUCGCGUCUUUUGUUACUACUUUUUACUCUGAGAUUGCGUUAUGAUGCGAAUACGCGGCUGGAUUGCGGUAAACUAUACUUUUCAAAAGGGAGUUAAAACCAGUGUCACAUUAAUAAAAUAGGUACUAUUGUUUAUUUGUAUGAACCUACUUUAUUAGAACGUUAUUUUACCACCAGCAUUUAGUUCUCCGACAAGUCUGUACCUCAGCUUGUUUGAAUUCCAUUUCUACCCUUACCAGUACAUGGCCCACAGGAUCAUUUGAUCUAACAAUAUGUCUUCAUGCUAUAUAAAUGUAAAUUCAAACUGAAGCUUGCCUUAAACAACGUGGUGCUAUAUUUACUUUGAUUAAUUUAAUUUAAACCAAUUAGGAAAUUAUAAAUAUACCUAUUACGUAAAUAUUGUGUUAUUUCCAAUUAUGGCAUUUGUUGUAACAUUAUUUGACCUAAUAAGUGUUUCACAUAAUCUAUUCUUUUAUUUGUUACAGUCGAUUAUUUUAAUAUUUUUUUGGACUAAAUGAUUCGAAUAUGUUACGCACGUAUUAGAUUUAAUAGUUUUAUUUUAUUAACAUUAGGUGAAACUUUAUUAGGUGAAAUAAUUUUAAAAAUGCAAUUUAUCAGUAUUCGGGCUCCACUAUUUAUUUGCCCUAAUUUUAAUUGUAUAUUAUUUAGGCAUUUUUUAUCCCAAUCUUAUGUUCUGUACUUAGUAGUGUAUAUAAUGUUAUGUACUUAAGUGAUUAAAUAUAAAAUGUUAUAUUGGUUGCUAGUACAUUGUGAUAUUUAAAGCGAAUAAAUAUUUUAAAUAUGAA